AUGGCAGGAGUUGCACCAGAGGGUUCUCAGUUUGAUGCUAAGCAAUUCAAUACCAAAAUGAAUGAGUUACUCACCACUAAAGGACAGGACUUCUACACAUUUUAUGAGGAGGUUUAUGAUAGUUUUGAUGUUAUGGGCUUACAAGAGAAUCUUCUCAGAGGCAUUUAUGCAUAUGGUUUUGAGAAGCCAUCAGCUAUUCAGCAACGGGGAAUAGUUCCAUUUUGCAAGGGACUUGAUGUUAUACAACAGGCUCAGUCUGGAACAGGGAAGACCGCCACUUUCUGCUCUAGGAUUCUGCAGCAACUUGACUACAAUGUAACAGAAUGCCAGGCCUUGGUCUUGGCACCAACUCGCGAGCUUGCUCAGCAGAUUGAGAAGGUUAUACGGGCACUUGGAGAUUAUCUAGGUGUGAAGGUGCAUGCUUGUGUGGGAGGGACCAGUGUUCGUGAGGACCAACGUAUUCUUUCAAAUGGAGUUCAUGUUGUUGUUGGUACCCCUGGUCGUGUAUUUGACAUGCUGCGCAGACAGUCACUUAGGCCAGAAUACAUCAAGAGUUUGUUGGUGAUGAGACUGAUGAAGCUUUUAAUUUUAAGCUUAAUGGGAUAG